AUGUCCAUGCACCUGGGACAGGCUUGGAUAUUUGACGACUAUGGCCGAAUGCCGGGUCCAUGGAAUUCGAAAUGCCCAGAUUACCCUCAUGUGAAGGCAAUCGCAUACAACAACGUGAAUGCAACUGAUCAGACAAUACUGCGAGGGGAACUACUAUUAAUCCUACGCUUGAUGUUUACACAACUCCGGAAACGACGUUUUCUCAAACAUAUGGUGGCGCCGGUUCUUCUUUUCUUCAUUGUGGGACCGCAACAUGCGCGCAUAAUCGAGGCCAUCUUUGAUGGUUCCAACCUUGUUUUGCGCACGACCAAAAUCUUUGACCUUCGCUACAAGAACGUUCAGGGCUUGAAAGACUUUGCGGGGUAUUAUUUGGGCCCCCCGAUGGGCGAUACAGUGAAGGCAUGA